CCACCAGAUUUUUCUUAUAGUAAUAUUGAAGAAAGUUGUUGUUCUCCUGAGUCCUCAUGACUCCGACGUUGAGCUCUCAAGGUCUAGUGUUGGCCACCGCCAUGGCCGUCUCCGCUGGCACGGUCGUCCUCUUCGAUCUCCUCCGAGGAAAGUACUUCCCUCCCAUCUCCCAAAUUCAUCAAAACCAACUCCUCAAAUCUUGCUUGUCUUCAGGAGGAAGCAAGAAGAAUAAAAUGAAGAAGAAGAAAGUGAAAUUUGCAGAGGAUGUGAAGGAACCCAAGGGGAAUGGGGAAUUGUACAGAAAAGCAGGGAGAAAAAGGUCGGAAAUUCAGAGAAAUUGGUGUGGAAAUGAGUUGAAGAAAAUGCCUGCGAAUCAUGCUGCUCUGUAUAAUGGGAUUUUGAAGCAGAGGAUGGGCUGUUCCUAUUGAUCACUUCAUUUUUUUUUAGUUUCAGGAAAAAUCAGUGUAAAUAUAUUGAUCACUAUCUUUGAUUUUGUGUGAAUAUGACCAUACCAACAAUUUCCUGGCCUUAA